UUUUUCAGACUUAGAAUUAAAAUGCUACAAUCACUGCCAUGUUGUAUUUAAAUAUUGCAUUUUAACUCUUUAUCUCGGAUCUAAGAUGGUGCCAAGAAAAGAAAAUGGCGGAAGUGCGUCUGGCAGUAUUCGGUCCAGUGAAGACAGGUGUGAGCAGUCUCAAGCUGAUCAUGAACUUUUUCUUCAAGCGUUUGAAAAACCUACUCAGAUCUACAGAUACUUGAAGAUCAGAAAUAAACUCUCUCCAACAUUUCUCCACAGAAACUUGUCUUUCAUGAAGCAGAGAAUGAGUAGAACAAACCAAAAAAGAAAAACAUUUAAGGUGGAUAGUUUGCUUGAGACUAGGAAGGAGAAGGGUGAGGCGGAGGGGGUUCAGAGAGGAGCUUACAUCACCAUAACAUUCCUGGGCUUCUACGAUGCAAAGAGAAACGAAAAGUUAACUCCUAAAGUAAAGCUUGAUCUAUCCUUGAUCAAUUCAACGCACAAGAAAAGAAAAGAGUCAUCUAAACCCCAUGCUCUGAUACCCCUGGGAGCCGUAGAUGUUCCCGUUAAUCCAUCCGAAUCUAAUCCCCCCAGCAAGGCUCCUGCUCUAUCUAUCUCCUCCUACCACUUGGAUGGGAUACAAGUACCUGGAAACAGAUCUAGAACUUCAACAUUAGUUUUCAAGUUGUUUAUUCUUCAUCAAAUAUCACAACUUUUUGUUUUCUUAUUUUUAAAGAAAAAUUUAAACAUAAAUGCGGUUUAUUUAUAUUUCUGCUCUUCUGUUCAGAUUGGUCGGAUGCAUGAAACAGAUGCUGUUAGAUCAGCUGUCGCCGAGUUAACUGUUACAGAUAAACAUUCAAGACUUCAACUGACAGAGGGUGAAUAUGAGCUGAUAAUGAUGUAUGAAGAACAAGAGGAUAAAAGAUUUUCUCCUAAAAAAUCAGCUUCUUGGGAGCUGAUUGAUCUAGAUAACACAGAUAAGAGUGUGUGUGAUGAGUUCAACAAGUUCUCAACGAACUCUACCUUGAAAUUCAGACUCUCCUGGGCCUCGGAGUCUGCGGGUACAUUGGUAGAGAGGCCUAGACCUCUCAUGCCCAGACCGUGUUUUCAUUGUAUUAUUAUGGUGAAGAAGAAGGAGAAGAAAGAUGAAGGAAAGAUAGAAAAAGCACCAAGAAUAGUUUAUCAGUUCCUCUACAACAACAAUUCUAGGCAACUAACUGAGGCCCGAGAGGAUCUGCAUUGUCCUUGGUGUGGUUUAAACUGUGUAUUCCUUGUUUCUUUACUCAAACAUCUUAAACUCUCUCAUCAGCAACAUAGACCGUUUAUUCAAGUAUCUGUAUCUGUUCAUGAUAUUUGUUUUAAGCCGUUGCCAGACGCUGCUCGAAUAGACGUUUCAGUUUCAGACCUAUUUGACUCAACUUAUGUUGGAAACCCUCACGAUAUGAUUAGUCAACCUCCGGGAUACGCUUUCUCUAGGAAUGGUCCAGUACAGAGAACAUCUAUCACAAUCAUUCUGGUUUUUCGACCCAAGCGUUCUCCCCCGAGCCUCUCGGAGUUCUUAGAACUAGAGGAUAAUGAAAAUGGAACUUUUGAGAACCAACGCCCUUUUGUGUCGGGUCAUAAUAGACUUUAUCAUGACAGUACUACCUCGCUGCCUAUACCUCCUCACGCUAUUAUAAACAAUCAAGAUUUAGAGGAAGAGGACAGAACUGACCCUGAAUGGCUGCAGAUCAAGACGAGCAGGAUGAUUGAUGAUUUCACCGACGUGAACGAGGGGGAGAAGGAGUUUAUGAAGAUCUGGAACAAUCAUGUUCAGAAAUACACGUUUGUUGGUGAUGUGCAGAUGCCGCAAGCGCUUAAAAUAUUUAUUGAUGAGCGCGCUCAGUCUAUUGUGCAGAAGGGACUGUUUAGAAACUUCAUGCUUCACCUUGUGAAUUUGUUUGAGUUCGGGGUUAUCGGUUCUGCUCAUGUAUUCACAGUUAUGGUCAAAUUCCAGAAUCUGAUGCGGAGUCGGGGUCUUCAUCAUGAUCUACGCUGGGCUGGAAUAAGAAGUCUGAUUCCGACUGAGUCAGGAGAAAGUCGAAAACCGCGAAAGAAUUUCUCUGGAAUCUUUGUAAAAUCCAAAUAAAUGAAGAUUAAUUAGCAUUGUCAUAAAAUGCUCAGUGUUUAUAACUAUGAAUGAAAAUGGAUGCAU